GUUCGUUACUAUCAACAUGGCCACUCAAGGAUUCAGAUUUAAUCAUACGAUGUUUAGGGUAAAAGACCCAAAAAUCUCUAUCGAUUUUUACACACGUAUAAUGGGUAUGGAGUUAAUUGAUAGCCAUGAGGCCAGUGAUUUCACUUUGUACUUCCUUGCAUUCGACACCAGCAAAGGCAUAAAGUCAGCAGAAGAGAAGAAAGAUGAACGUUUCACUCGUGAAGGUGUUUUGGAGCUGACAUACAACCACGGUACUGAGAAAGAAGAAGGUGCUGUAUACUCUAAUGGAAAUAGCGAUCCUGGACGCGGAUUCGGUCAUAUUGCGAUCACAGUACCAGAUAUUGAAGCUGCUUGCGAAUACUUUGAAGAUAUGGGCGUAAGAUGGAAGAAGAGGCUCACAGAUGGUAAAAUGCACAACAUCGCCUUCAUUUUAGACCCUGACAAUUAUUGGGUCGAAAUUGUGGAGAACAAACUGAAGCUAAAUUAAAUUCAAAUAUGGCAUUGCAUUGUAAUAAUAAAUAGAGAUGUCUAUAUCGUUAGUCCCAAUAGAAUAUUGUCAAUCAACCUUGUUUUUCCAACAUACAUUGCAGCUGAAAGUACAGCUCCAUCCAUACCGAUAUCGUUGACUACUUCAAAGGUAGUAGCAUCAUUAAUUUCUAAAUAGUCCAAUUUAGCACCCUUUUGUUGAGCUAGGGAAAUGUAAGGUCUAGUUGCGUCAAUAAUUCCUUCUCUAGUCCUCACACCGGAAUCGUAAGCUUCUUUGGCCGCAUUGAGAGCUUUGUAUAAUAGUGGAGCAACUUCUGUGCGCUCUUGUUCACUAAGAUAGGCAUUACGCGAAGACAAGGCGAGAUUAUUAACUGCGUCUCUAGCAGUUGGAACUAUUUUUAAGUUCUGACUUGUCGGAUAUUGUACCAAAAGAUCUCUACACAUACGUUUCAAUAUAAGUGCUUGCUGUACAUCUUUCUGCCCAAAAAAGGCUAAAUCUGGUUGUACAACGUUGAACAAUUUAGUGACGAUAGUAGCAACCCCCCUGAAAAAAUGUGGACGGGAAAUACCUUCCAUUUUAUUCCCAAGCCCUAGCAUCUCGACGAAUGCACCCACUUGUUUGCUAGCGUCCUGUUGGAUUCCGUUUGGGUAAAUCUCCUGAACAUUAGGGGUGAAAAGUGUAAUAUCCUUAGAUAAACUUUCUAGUGCCUCAAUAUCUCUCUUUAAAGUUCUUGGGUAUGUGUCUAGAUCUUCAUGUGGUGCAAACUUCUGCUGUUAACGAUAGUGUUAUUAGAACUUUUUAAGCUCUCCUCAACUUUGUGAAUAUUAGAUGAGUUAUAUUCACUCUAUCAACUCACCGAGCUUGAGAUGCCCUUGAUGCAAUGCACCCAUUGUGGGUACGAAUCCGACAGUAUUUCUAUUGGACAAUUGCUGAACUCGCCAUUGCCUGAGCUCUGCAAUCUUUGAUACAAUCCGAGUCAUGAAGGUAGAAAUCUGAGAUGUAUCUAAAUGAAGAUCAGCUUCUGUUCUUAAUUUUAUCUCCAAAUAUGUUGCUCAUAGAACUCCUUGUCUUCCAACUCUGAUUAUGAAAUAUUAUU